AUGAGUGUAAUCAAUUCAAAAGUGUAUUACUUACCCUAUAUGAGAAACAAAAAAAAAAAAUUUCAUGAACAUUGUGCUGCUGAAUACAAUUGUUUUAUCCAUACCGUGUCAAACGAACAACAAAAUGUUGAGAUAAUAUCAAAAACAGAAGAAACAUGUGAACAAAAUAAGGAAUGUAAAGAAAAUAAAAAAAAGGAAGAAGAUAGUUUACAAUCAGUACGUAACCCUGAACCCCCUGAAUCAAUAAGCUCGCAAAGUACAGGUCCCGCAGAAGAAGUCCAAGGCCAUGCUUAUAAAAAAGAACCAAAACUAGAAAAUGGACCCAGGCAUUCCCAAUCUGAUGUAACGCCCUCUGAAAACAAUAAUGGAUCUCAUAAUGAGGUUUCUCAGUCAACAAAUAGCCAUCAUUCUAGCACCACUGAUCAGGCAGAAACAGGGGAGAAAACAAAUUCCCCCCAAGAUUCUUUGAAAACUGAUGAUAUAGAUAGUAUACAAAGUUGUCUCCCUGGAGAGGGUUCCAAUAAAUCAUGCCAUCCUCAAACCAAAACUUUAAAUACCCAACAGAAUCAAACAGAAACACAUAAUGCAAAAACAUUAGGUAAUAAGCCUCUUGGGGAGGAAACUACCCCUCCUAAAACACUUCAUAGGAAAAAUAGUGAUAAUGAAGCUGUUACUGCAGAAACUUCUGAUGGUUUCUGUUCUACAGAAAAAGGCCAUCUUAAUGACACAGGUGGAAGAAAUACUAAUUCUGUUUCUACCCCUGUUAUUUACAGUUCAGAUGAUACUACUGUAAGGCCUCGUGAUGUAGCGUCUGAUUCUGCUACAGCAAGUGAUAGAAAAUCUGCUUCUACUAGCAGAGUUACUGUUAGUGAAGAUCAAGCUAGUAACGAUGAUAGUCGUACUACUAUUCAUAGUGGAGCUAGUGCGCUUUCUGUACAUACUAAUGGUAAAGCUGAUCGUGAUCAAUCACUUCGUUCUGAAAUUUCUUGUACUAAAACUUCUUGUACUGACAGAUUUGGAAGUGUAAAAGUUGAUGAUAUUUCUAGAAGCCAUUCUCAGAGAGAAACACAUAAUCAAGAAGAGAAACAACAAAAAGGAAUAGUACAAAGCACAAAAAUAUCAAAAGAAAACUUUCAAACAAAUGGUGCCUCUGAACAAAAUCUAAAAGAAUCUUUGCUUCAAAAAAGCCCUUCCGAGGAAAAUUCAGUAUUGGACCCAAUGCCAAACUCGCACACCAUAACAGGUGGGUGGUCACUCUAUAUAAAUUUUACUUAUUGUAUCAGUUUCAUCCAUAAAAAAAUUACAAUGUCUUACAUAACAUAUAUUCUUUCGAACCCCCUCCACAAAAGCAACCAAAGUUAUGAGCACUUUACAUCUCUCAUACUACAAAUGUUCAAACUUUUAAUAAAUUUAUAG